AUAGCAUUCAUCAAACCAGAAUUAAAUGUAAUGUCAAAUAAAAAGGUUAGUGAUAAUCUGGCAGUAUAUAUACAGUAUAAAGGGGAACUAUUGCUAUACUCAAUAGAGGAAGUCAAACCAAUCAAAGUUUCGAUUGGUUCUGACUCCAGUAGUGCACUAACAAGUAUUAAAUACAUGCAGCCAGAUACAAGGCAAGAUAUACUACUUAACAUAGCUCAAAUAAUAUCCAGAAUUAAGAGGGCAGGAAUAGAAAUUGAAUUCAUGUGGAUUCCUGCACAUAUUGGUGCAGAUGGAAAUGAGCUGGGAGAUAAAUAUACAAAAGGACCAACAAGAAAAAGAGAAAUAAAUAUGGUCAUGAAAAUAUAGCAAGGCUGAGGUUAAAGGUAUAAUCAAGAAAAGUAAAAGUCAGAAAUGAAAAAGGAAUGACAGGAAGAGUGGAACAGAGGAAAUAAGAGCUGAUACUACAACAGCAUUCAAAGAAAAGUAGAGGAAAUGAGAGGAAGCAAUAGAAAUAGAAAGGAGGAGGACAUUAUAUCUGGUCUGAACACUACACUAAAUAUCAUGAAGAAGCAUGCUGCAGGACAGGCUGCAAGGCUAUUUUAACAGAGGACUUAAUAGAGAAUUGAAUUUACUGUAAUAAUGUAGUAACCGUUCUGAGCCACACUCCAAUCCAGAAGAGGGCGGUAAUGCACCUAAAAGCUGUUUGCCAACAGCCAUUAAACAGUUAAAGCAGAAGAAGAAGAAGAAAAAAAGAAGAAGGUGUGCACAGGUGAGCUGCAGACUCACCGUGGAUCGGGACAAACAUGGGGAAAAUUCAGGAGUUUGAGAUCGCGUUUGACAAAAAUAAAGUUGUGUACAGUCCAGGAGAGUCUAUCACCGGAACCGUGACCGUCAAACUGGGCCAGCAGCUGCAGUGUAAAGCCAUCAAGGUGAACUGCAACGGUUUCUGCGGCAUUACCAGUAAAGUAAACGACACAGCAUGGACGUUGGAGGAACAGUACUUCAACACCACCGUCUCUAUCGCAGACAAAGGAACCCUGAAACAAGGAGAACACACGUUUCCCUUCAAGUUUCUCAUUCCAGCCUCCGCUCCAACAUCUUUUGAAGGCAACUAUGGUAAGAUCGUGUACAGAGUGCGGGCUUUUAUCGACACACCGCGGUUCGCCAAAGACUACAACAUAGAGAAAGCUUUCUUCCUGCUAAGCCUCCUCAACCUCAACCAAGUGCCAGACAUAUGGGGAACCUGUUCCUCUGCUGUGACCCAGCAGUUCACCUACAUGCUGGUGAAAACAGGCACCGUGGUGCUGAAGGCUCAGACCGACAUGAGAGGUUACACACCAAGCCAGAUCAUCCAGGUGACAGCCAACAUCCACAACCAGUCCGGCAAGAACACAGGCAACAUAACGGCCAGUCUGAUGCAGAGAGUGACCUACGAGAUGAAAAAGCCCGUCCAUGAUUUGAGGACGAUAGCGGAGGUGGAGGGCGGUACGGUGAAGGCCGGCAAGGAGGUGGAGUGGAAGGAGCAGAUCAUCGUUCCUCCUCUUCCUCAGUCCUCCCUCGCUGGAUGUGAACUUAUAAAGAUCGAAUAUUAUGUUAAAGUCAGUCUAAAGUUUCCAGACGUCAUGUUGACGUUACCCAUCCACAUCGGGAACAUCUCACUGGACAAAAAACUUCACCCUUCAAAGAAAGCAGCUCCUCCUUCCUCCGCCCCUGCUGAAGACACACCGACCCCCGCCCCCAUCCCUGACACCUCCACCUCUGCCACCACCCCCACCUUACCCCCUCGCCCCGCCCCAAAACCCGCUCCCCGUCCAGCCCCCCGCUCCAGAAUGUCCUCCCAUUAUUCCCCCAGCGCUCCUCCAGCCGAGUACCACCAGGGAGCCGAGGGCGGGAUGCCGAUGAGCGACGGGAUCCCCAAUAAGCGCCAAUCUCAGCUCGUGUCACCAAACGCCUUCAGCUACGCUCCCGGCCUCUUCUUCCCCCAGAACCAGCAGCCCGGCACAGAACCCAGCGGAGCUCCGUUCAGCGGCUCCACACAGGCCACAGCACCGUACCCUCCUGUGAACAACGCCAGCCCGAUGCCGACCCCGCUCAUCCUGCCUCCAGACUACGGCACCUCUGCAUAUCCACAAGAGGCUCCUCCCUCCUAUGAUGAGAGCUGCAACACAUGAAGUGGAUGAAGAACCGCACGAUCAGGAUGAUGAUCGGUUCACUCUGAUAUCAAACAAAAUGUUGAACUAAAACUGCCGUUCAUGCACCACGUCGAUGUGUUUUUAAAAGAGUUCUGCCAUUUUAAAAAGUUAGUCAGGGACUUGGACAAAAUGAUUGCAAGCAGAAGCUAAACAUGAUUUUAUUUUGACAGAGAAUCAGCAUUUUAAUUGAAAUGAGAGUGAAUUGACCUGGAACUCUUGUGCCCAGUGAUCAAGUACCUUCACUAAUCACUCAACGGGGUUAUUCUGUCCUCCGAGAGCCAGCCGCAGCCAAUCAACACUAACGUUUUUAGAUCCAUUUUUGAUAUACUGUCAGCACUUUGAAUGAAAGGAAAGAGAAAGACAAUAACCAGAGUUUUUUUUACGUACAGUAACAGGAGUCAAGUUUUUAGUUGUGGGUUGUUUAGGAGUCCUUUAGAUGGCAUCUGUGAUGUCAAGUGUGAACGUUUUAUCUCGUCCCUGUUUAGUUUCAUAUCCAGAUUUUUUUUUCCAAACUCAAAUAAAAAAUCAAACUGUGAUUUUUUUUUUUUUUUUUUUUUCCAUUAUUGGAAACAGGUGAAAUCGUCCGUUUUGAGUUUGAAUAUUAGACGAGAUUGUUUGUGGAGAAGAAUCUCUUGUAUUUGCAUUUUUAUAAUGACUUUCUUGUUCUGCAUCGUAACGAUUGUAUCGGAAUAUUCUUCUUCACCUGCUGAAUAGAUGUAAAAUAAUGAAACAUUUACAGUGAUUUGAAGUUUAUUUGGUGUAGUUCACAUCAUGUUAAUCAGCCUUUUAUUAAAUAGUUUUGAUCCAGGUUGUCCAGUGCAGAAAGACAACAUUGUAUUUAUUUAUUGUUUUGAAUGUUUUCCAACUGCUGUCUGGAUUCCAAUAAAUCAGUUAAAGGAA